AGCAGAAAUCACCGUGCUUGGCUCCACAUCCAGCGGGAUUCCCUCCCUCUGCGUAUCCCGGUAAUUAAUGACGUGAAAGCCCAGAGCUCCAAUGUCCUGACCCGCUCUAAGAUGAGGGUAUGGAAGUUCACGGCCAUCGCAUCGAUGCUCCUCAGCUCCAUGUUGUCCAUUUUAGUUUGUAGAGACAUGUUCAGCGGGAGCCGGGAACGCAGCCCCUCGUCUUCCUCGCCGUCUUCCUCACGGGCUUCCUCCUCCUCCUCCUCCUCCUCCUCCUCCUCCUCCUCCUCCUCUUCCUCCUCGCUGCCGGCGGCUCCACGGAGAUCCCCACGAGCCCUGCAACGCCACAGCUCUCUGCUCUCCCAGUACACCAGCCUGCUGGAGAGCUACACCGAGGGCGAGAUCCGCCAGCUCGUCUCGGCGCUGGUGGAGCGCUACAGCCAGGCCAUGAACUCGGGGGGCCACGAGCUGCCGCUCUUCCCGCGGGCCGGCGCCCGCCGCAAGCGCGCCCGCGCCCGCCACAAACCCUGCGAGCUGCGGGAGCUGGAGGUGAGCGUCAGCGAGCUGGGCCUGGGCUACGAGUCGGACGAGACGGUGCUUUUCCGCUACUGCAGCGGCACCUGCGAGGCCGCCGUGCGCAGCUACGACCUGUCGCUGAAGAGCAUGAGGAGCCGCCGCCGGAUCCGCCGGGAGAAGGUGAGGGCGCGGCCCUGCUGUCGCCCGCUGGCCUACGACGACGACGUGUCCUUCCUGGACGCCUACAACCGCUACUACACCGUCAACGAGCUCUCGGCCAAGGCGUGCGGCUGCGUGUGACGCGCCAGGGAGGAGAGAGGGAGGGAGGAGGUGACGCCCUGGUGCCCGGACCUCGCCGGGCCGACGGCGGGGAGAGCGGGAUGGAGCCCGGAGCGGCUGGAGGAGGAGGAGGAGGAGGAGAAGGGACUGAGCCGCUGGCGCAUCCCGAGGACUUAGAGACACGGCGGAGGUGGUCAGAGCGGUGAUGGCUGCCUGGGGCUGUUGUCCCCCCCAGGGGUCCUUGUGAGCCCCUCCAGGGGUGGCCCAGGGGUCCCUGUUACCCCCUUGCCAGAGGUGACAGCGGGCGUGUGGCAAACGCAGGACACGUCCUAUGCUCGGGGUUACGUGUCACCCGUGCCACACCUGGCGGUCGUGUCACCUGCCCGGCGGGUGGGGUCAAAAGGUGGGUGUCCCCUGCAUGGGGUGGUCCCCACGUGCCAGGGGUUCUGUGUCGGGUGCGUGGCACACGCUGGUGCCAGGACGGUGAGCAGGGGGUGGUGUGGGGGUUGUUGAUGCACGUGGAGUGGUGCCGGUGGUGUGUGGGGCUGGACGGGGUGUGCUGCACACACACAGAGUGUUUUGGGGUGUGCAGCACACACACUGUGUGUUUUGAGGUGUCCAGCACACACAAAGUGUGUUUUGGGGUGUGCUGAACACACAGUGUGUGUUUUAGGGGGUGCAGCACACACAGUGAGUGUUUUAAGGUGUCCAGCACACGCUGUGUGUUUUGGGGUGUGCUGAACACACAGUGUGUGUUUUAGGGGAUGCAGCACACACACUGAGUGUUUUGGGGUGUGCAGCACACACACAGGGUGUGUUUUAGGGGGUGCACCACACACAGUGAGUGUUUUGGGGUGUGCAGCACACACACAGAGUGUUUUGGGGCUCAUUCCAGGUGUGUCACACAGCUGCAGGUGCCCUGUGCCACCCCAGCUCAGGGGCUGAGCCCUGCACUUUUCAUCCGGGGGGGGUUCCCAGAGUUUUGUGACCUCCCUUCUCUGCCAGGGGCAAUUCAGCCCCCGAAUCCCCCUGUUUGGGGGCACAAAAGCCCCGGCAGUGGUUUGUGAGAGGCUCUGGCUCCGCUCCCCGCGCCCGCUCGUGCCCCUUUUGCCAUCGUCUCAUUCCCGCAGCCCCGGGGGCUUUGCUUCUUUAAAACUCGGGAUAAUCUGAAUAACUGGAUUAACCUCCCGUGCCCCCGCCACGGGCAGCUGGGCCGGAGCCCAGGCAGGUGACACAACCUCACCAGGCCACCAGCAGAGCGGUGGCACUUCCCGGCGUGGGCAGGAGCGUUCCUGGUUUGGCGUCUCCCAAAAAAUCCACUCUCAGCUCUCCUGGGAGCAUCCCCCCAGCACCCGGGAAUGGUGAGGGAGAGGGGACUGGGGCCUGGCUUUGGCUCCCUUCGCAUUUACAGCAGUGUCACUGCUGUUUACUCUGCGGGGAGAUAAACGAGCCCGCAGACUUUCCCGUUCCCCAGGCAGGCUCGAUUUGUUGCCUGGGAUUGAUGGGUUUUUUUUCUCCCCUUGGCUCCCUUCCCAGAAAAAGCAAAUCAUAAACAGAAGGAGAAUAUUGGUGUCAUGUCCUGGGCAUUAACCAACGCCAGGGAAAACGCUCCGUGUGCAGCCUCCCCCCGCCCAGAGUCACGGAGUCAUCCCAGCUCCGGAGAAACAGGGGGAAAAAUUCCAUGUACCUUCAUCCCCAGGUGGAGGAGGGCUUUGUUAUCAGUGAUCCCGGCAGCCCAGGGAUUGUGCUGCAGGAUUUGGGGCAGCAGGGGAAGCAUCCCGAGGGUGGGAUGAGAUGGGAUGGGAUGGGAGACCUGUGUGUGACUGGCCACAUUCCCGACCUCCAGAAAGGGGUAGGAUUUAGGGGAGCAGGUUGGCAUCCCCUGGG